GCAAACUCUAAAGAAGGGCUUCACUUUUUUCCCUUCCAUUAUAUUGAAAACCUAGGUACGACUAAUUCCUUCUCCAUCUUCUAAUUUCUUCCUAUACACAUCCGGAUCGAAACCUCAUUUUUGAGAAUAAUACAUAGCUCACUUAUCUAAUCCAUAUUUCACUCAACCUCUUUGUCCAUUUUUAUACUGUACGGCUGGUUGAUAAGAAUUUGGUAGCCUAACAUCAACCCGACCCGGCUUUGAUCCCGCCAUCCGGAUUCGUAUCUAAGACAUCUUAAUCUAAGAGACUGUUGUCUUGGCCCUAGCGUUUGGGAACAAAACAGCCUCCUGUUAAAAAAAGUGUGUUGCCGGAGUUCGCAUCCCUAGCUACGAUUUAUUGCACGGUUUCCCCUGUCGAAAAAAAGCCAAUCGCCCGCCAAAAACAGAUUCCAUCCCUUCAAAGCCAAAAAGUUUCCCGCUGUCCGAAUUUCUAAAUUUUUCGACAGCUGGGUUUCCUUUCGGACGUUUCAGACGAUCAAACUUUCCCGACUCCCGAGAAUAUAUCUGGAAUAAAACCAAGGUCCCCCAGCCCCAGCUCUGCGCAACCUCGCACAAGGCUCUGGUCCUGACCGGCCACCGAAAAAAACCCCCGCAAAAAUGGCGCGGCCUAACACCUACCUCGCGCCCCUCUCCCUCAUCUUCCUCGCCGGCUCUCUGGUCAUGCUGUUCUUCGUGAUCCUCUCCGCGGUGACAAACACGUCGCCCCUGAAGGACACGUUCUUCCUCAGAGCCGACACAUCCGGCAUCACCGGAGCGCGGUCAGUCACGCAGUGGGCGUACUUCUACAUCUGCGGCGACGGCAACACGGAUUGCGGCCGCGCGACGCCCGCUGCACCUUUGGGAUGGGCUUGGUCGGGCGACCCGUCUAGUGCGCCGGCCUCGGUCGUCGGAUCCCACGGCGGCCACACUACUAGCUUCUAUUUCUACUACAUGUGGCGGUUCGGCUGGGUCUUCUACCUGAUCGCGCUUGUGUUCUCGGUCCUGGCCUUUUUCGCCGGUUUCGUCGCAUGCUGUGGACGUCUGGGCUCCGCCAUCGCAGGAAUCGUUGCGCUGACCGCCCUGUUCUUCCACACUAUCGCCGUCUCCAUGAUGACGGCCGUCUUCGUCAAGUUGCGCAAUGCGUUUAUGGCCGACGGCCGCGACGCGAGUCUAGGCCGGUACGCAUUUGGAUUCAGCUGGGGUAGUUGGACCGCGCUGCUCAUCGCCACGAUACUGUUCUGCGUCGGCAUCCGAGGUGGAGGCGAUGGUACUUAUAGUGGUGGCCGCCGAUGGGGACGCCAGAGGAGCGUGCGGAGUCGACGAAGUUACGAUAUGAACGGUCGACGGGUGAAGGACGACUACUCUUGAGCUCGGCCUCAUCACGAGAAUUGCGAGUGAGGAGAGAACUGCGGAAAAUAGCAGCUGGUCCCGUCGCGAGUACGAGAAGGAAUACGAGAUUGCGAUUUUUUUCCAACUUUAAAAAGAUCGACGAUACGAAAAAACGGCAGGCCGAGGGAUCUGCGUGGUCCUUAGUCUAUGCUAAUGCUUAUAGCUAUGCUUGCUCGGAGUAAUGGAUAAUGACGAUAUUAAUUCACGAACGGCGGAUACUUAAUGCCCUACCGCAAGCCCAAAUGAGGAGGAGAAAUGCAAGGAGACAUGAUGAGAAGAGAAGAGAAGAGAAGUGUGGACGUGACAUGUUGGAUUGUGGAUAACUAACUAUAAUAAUGGAAACUUUUGUGAUACCAAACUUUGUAAUCUACAACCAGCUAGCUAUACUACGGCCUACUCGAUCGUUAUGGUAGAUCAGUUAGUAUGGGCCUGGACCUGGGCAUCUUUUGGGUUCUUGCGAUGGAGCAAUAUACGAAGAGAUGCUAUCCGCA